AUGAGGUUUGAAGGCCUCCCAUCGCUGGCCUUGUUUGGCUUGGCCACCUCACACGCAAUCCAGGUUCGUGCACCUGCUGAAGCCGCCGUAGCAGCAACAGCUGGCGAUGAUGAUAAGGGAAAGAACUGGCGCCCUCAUACUAAGGAGCCACACUUCUUCAACUUGCGGGUCAAUGACCGAUGCGACCCAUUCAACAAGCCGAAACCAGAGGUCAUGAAGUCGCAGUGCCCGUUCGAUUCCUAUGCGAUUAGGCUGGAGAAGGGUGUUCUGGUUGCCACGCCCUACAACAAGUGGUGGGAUCCCAAGCUGCCGACCUUCUUUGUCGAUGAUGAUACCCAGCUGUACACCGUCAGCAAGGAUCCUCUUCAACUCUACGUUGAUUCCGUCACUGGCGCCGUGAAGUACACCAAGGUCGGAUGGCUCCCACCGAGCGCCAUCUCCACUGGUUUCUACCACACUGGAAACAACCCCAUCCAGCUCGUCGACCCCAGUCCAUCCUACCUCACCUGGCCCUCUACUUACGGCAUCACAAAGGGCGGUAACUUCGCCCUCUGCCCGCUCGGCAGCACCGGGCAAUACCAGGUGUUCGUCAACAACUGGAAUUUUGACCAGCAGGGUGUGGAGAAGAGGCGCUGCAAGUACUACGCACUCGCGGCGCUGAACGCGAACCCCUGGAAGAAGGAGGAUUCGAAGCUCAAGGCUCGUGACGACUCCUCUAUCUCGGAUUAUCCCACCUCCUCCGGGGGCGAUGACUCCUGGGGCUCCGAUGACGAUUCCUGGAGCAGCGAUGACGACAGCGCAUACUCCAGCUGGGGCAAGAGCGACAAGGACGACGGCUACGAGAGCAAAGAUGAUGGUUACACUACCGAGAAGGACGGCUACGAGACUGAUCCCACGUGGGGAGGCGAGGAAUACGAGACUGAUCCCACAUGGGGAGGCGAGGACUACGAGACUGAGGUCACGUGGGGAGGCGAGGACUAUUAG